AUGGAUGUUGGUAGUAAAGUCUUCGUGGACCAGUUGCUGAGCCGUGUCAGCUUUUCGGAUAUCAUUUCAUCGCAUGCUCACAUUGUUAUCGAGGCCCACCGUGGGAGCGGUAAGAAAAGCCCUGCUGGAAUGCUAAUGUUGGUUAGGGACGAUAAGCACAUGAAUUGGGCAAGUGGCCGCAACAAGAAUUCGAAUAAUAACACAUAUGUGGAUAUAAGCGCUACCGCUGCUGAGUUGCCGUCACGAGGUCAGCCACCUCGUGAAGGCUCAUCGCAGAAUGUACCGGCACACACCGAGGACAUAUUCCUCGUUUGGGUUCCGUACUCUUACAUUCCUCGUGAGUGUCCCAAGCUUCUGCCUGCGUUUCCAAGAAAUUCUCCGAUUUUGGGGGUUACUGUGGUAGGGAAGCCAGGCGAUUCUUCUACUGAAUUGUCUCACAUAACGUGUAUAGAGAUGAAAUGCAUUGAUAAAAUUCGGCGUGUGGCGUCCGUUGGUGGUAAGAGUGUUAUCGAAGUGUAUCGCCUUGACUCAGCAGAAAUUGUGAUGCUUUCGUUUUGCCAAGGGGGCCUUACAAGCUUUUUAGCGGAGAUGAGGGUCUUAUCGCCGAUGUCGCAGAGCCAUCUUGAUACAAAUGACUUCAUUGUGUACGGUCACCACCCAAAGAAUUUGACAACAAAAUUUUCAAGUUCUGAGGAGGAGAGAACUACCGUAAUGAGCCACUUAAACAAGCUUCGUAGUUAUACGCGCUCUUCUUUUCUCAACGAGCUCUGGGGAACUGCUUCGGGUACUGGUACACCCACUGCACUGCAACCUCCAACUCACGAAACUGGGGAUACCAGGGAUAUGCAGAUAAUGUUGUACGGAAAGAAGGAUAGCAAUCCGUUGGCAACGGUUGCGACCAAACUCACUAACGUGUUUAAUUCACUCCUGGAGCCUUCUCCCAACAGCAGGGACGAGUUUGCCUCCAACGUGGAGGUGGACCCGUCUCUCCUGUUCCCUUGCUCCGACACACCUCCGAAAGGGGAUGAAAGAGGCGACUUUUUUCAUGGAGAGGGGGGAGUUGCUGCACAGAUUUCUCAGGUCGAACUUCAGGUUCCUCGCAUUUCCCGGUGCGAGAACCUUCGGCAAAUGGGUCCUAGGCUAACUGCAAAUGAGUGGAACACCUGUUUCGUGGGCGACGAGCGGCGCGUAGAUGUAGAGAGGUUUGAACAUGCCAAGAUAGUUGCGUACAUGGGUGGUAUAGAUUCCGAUAUAAGGCUGGAGGUUUGGUGCUUCAUGUUGGACGUUUACGGGUGCCAUACCAGUUCAACAGAGUCGCAACGUCAGCGCGUUCGGGAUGAAUAUAGGCGCAGGUAUGAGGUACUUACAGGACAAUGGAAAAGCAUUUUCCCCGAGCAGGAGGAGAAUUUUACCGUAUUUCGUGAAGCGCGCGUAGCAGUAGAAAAGGAUGUACUCCGGACUGACCGUUUUCUUCCCGCAUAUGCUGACGAGUGUGGCGAGAAACUGUGCAUGUUGCGCAACGUGCUCUUAUCGCGCGUGAUGCUGAACCUUGACUUGGGCUAUUGUCAGGGCAUGAGCGAUAUCCUUUCACCUAUUGCUCUUCUGGCCCAAGACGAAGUGGAGGCGUUUAUGAUUUUUAGUUGUUUUAUUGCAAACCACUGUUGCAACGACAUUCUUAAAGAUGUCAAAAGGGGAAUGGAGCAGCAUCUUACCGCGUUGCGAGCACUUGUGGCCUUCUCCGCGCCCCUUCUGUUUAAUCAUUUGAGGAUACAAGGGGCUGAUGAUAUGUUUUUCUGCUUUCGUUGGCUUUUGGUGCUAUUCAAAAGAGAAUUCCCUGUAGAGGAUGCUAUGCUCCUGUGGGAUGUCAUCAUUUGUUGCCCCUAUACUCCGCGGUUUGAGAUAUUUGUUGCUGCUGCGCUGCUAAAGGCCUUUACUCCACAGAUUCUUGAGAUGAAUUUGUCGCACGACGAACUGCUGAAGUUCGUUAAUAGCGCGUCGUGCCAGUUGGACGUGCGUCAUGUUAUUGUUCUUUCACAGGACUUCUACUUGGAGGUGGCGAAGCAUGUUACCACAUUGGGCGGAGGGAUGGUGUUUCGCAGAGGCCGACUGCCAACCCUUGAAGAAGUACUACAGAUUUUGGAAGGCAACACAACGUGA